ACUUAUGCAAGAGCAUCAACUGUUACAAUGGAGGUCGUUGUGUCGCCAAGGCAAAUGCAGCAGCUUGUGAAUGUCCUCAGGGAUACGCGGGUACCUGGUGUGAGACUAAACAAGACCCAUGCAAAAACGUAAUCUGCUACAAUGGAGGUAGAUGUGCAGCCAGUGGAACUGUUGGAGUAUGUCAAUGUCCACAGGGGUAUGUGGGUACCUGGUGUGAAACUAAACAAGACCCAUGCAGCAAAGUCAUCUGUUACAAUGGGGGUAAAUGUGUAGCCAGUGGAACUGUUGGAGUGUGUCAAUGUCCACAGGGAUAUGUGGGUACCUGGUGUGAAACUAAACAAG